AUGAGCAAUCUCAAAGAACUAAAAUCACAACUAUUAACGAAUGGGUACUGCCAUCAAUGGAAGCUAAUAAAGCAGAAAGAAAUCAUCAACACUCCUCAACAGGACUCUCAUCAACAAGGCGAUUUCUAUGAUAAAAUCACCAAGCAAACAGCGCAACCAACAUGUCAAAAUAUAGACUUGAUUAUACCCUCAAAGAAUAGAACAGCGAAGCAGCAGAUUCAGCUGGAACAGUUUUUAAACAUCAUUGGAACCGAAAUUCACGAGCAGGCAUCGUGUUUCCAUAAAACCACACCACACGACAACCACAACGAAGCAUUCGACACACUUUCGAGAGAGUUUGAAAGAAACGACGAUAAAAGACAAUUCCGCAUUCAGGAGUUCAUCAAGACCGAGAAAUCAUAUGUCGACACAUUGAAAACGAUUGUCAAACAUGUAGUGAAACCACUCCGAGCCAACAUGCAACAAAAGAACUGCAUAUUAAAUACCUUUAAAUGCCAAAAGAUUUUUCUCAACAUUGACCAGAUUAUGAAGGUAAACAGCGAUUUUUUGACAGAUUUGCUGGCAACCACGGACAAUUUUGGCGAGAUGUGUCAAAAGCAUAUUAUUAAAUUCGAGUGUUACAGAAAGUACCUUUUGGAGCAAUCCGAAGCACAAAAAUUGCACGCAAAGGAAUACAAGGCAAACCAAAAUUACAAGCGAUUCCUGACAAAAGUAAAAGAUCACUCUGACUUUAAGCGGAAGCGGUUGCAAGACAUCCUGGUGGAGCCUGUUCAGCGCAUCAGUCGCUACUCCAUGAUGCUGAGAGACAUUCUUCAACUGACACCAAAGGACCAUGCAGACUACCAUGGCUUAGUAGCAGCUUGUGAAAAGGCUAGAGAGAUUGCCACCAUGGCCGAUGAUGACCCUACCAAGACAGCCACACUCUUUUUGAACCUGUAUCAGGCUAUUAAGGACUCACCCUGCUCCUUAAUCAAUCAGAAACGAUCGCUCAUAGCACAUAUUGACGCCAUUGAAAUUCAUCGUGUCACCAACAAACCAACAAGAGCCGUGUCCAUAUUUUUAUUCACAGACAAGAUUCUGGUGGCUAGCAGGUCCUCCAUUGACUCGAGAGAGAUCGACCUUCAUCAGUUACUGGAUAGCUCAAACCCUGUGUGUCCUACAAAUUCAUCCAGUGCCUCCAUAUUAAGAGGCAGUAUCCACCAUAAGGUGGAGAAGCCACCAUUGAAAUUCAAAGGCUGGGCGGAUGUGGAGAGCAUAGAAAUGUUCGAUGGCGUAGCAGAUCGUCCUGGCUCAUUCAUUCUGUCUGCUACUGCCGUGCCAGAAUUGACAAGAGAUCAGGUGUCCAACAUUACCUCUUUCGAAAAGUACUUUUACAAAGGCCCUCGCUUGUUCUCCAUUAUACCAAUCCGUGAUGAAAUCUCAUGUACAAAAUCAAGGAAAGCAGCUUACGUGGAAAAGAUCGACACAUUCCGCACUGUAUAUCAAAAGACAAGAGCAUUGAUGAAGCGAUAUGAGCUCACUACCGACAAGGCCUACCAGAAAAUGUGGAAUGGCAUGCCUAGCUUUUGCAACAUUUACGAUCAAGAGAGCUACAUUACAGCCAAGUACAAGAGCGACACCACUAUUGUUUAUGCGGAUGACAGAGGAAUAAGCAUGGACAGUCUGUUUUCUUCAAGAAAUACAUUGUACAAUCCCUGGAUAGUGGGCCUGAUACAGCCUGAAGAUAUGAAAGGCUUCCGGUUCAAUAUCUGCACUAGAACCAACCUGACCAUGUCACAGCAAUCAUUCAGGCGAUCCACUGAGCAGACAAUUGAUUUUGAGAGCAUUUUCUGGAACAAUAUGUAUUAUUUAGAGCAUUGUCUCAAGAAAUCAAGAGAUUACUCUGCUCAAACCAUUGUCAAGAUUCAGCAAAGCAUACAGAGCCAGCUGAUGCAGCAAUCAACCCAUCAUCUAUCUCGUUCAAGAACCAAUUCCCUAUCAAGACGCACGUCCAGUAUACCAUCUCUCGGAAAGUUGUUCCACAGCAGCAAUGGCAGUAGAUCAAGGUCUGUAUCACCUUCUAAAAUGAUCAAGAAAUCCAAACCAGCAUCACAUCAGCAACAACAACAACAACAACAGCAGCAGCAGCAGCAGCCAUCUAUUGCGCGCAUACCUGUACAUCAUUCUUGGAGUGGUGGUAGUAGCUUGGGAUGUUACAAAAACGAGAAUUACAGCCAAGUCUCUUCUGUCACUACACUGGCCUCCUCGUUGUGGUCCUCUUCAUAUGGUAUACAGACAUCUACCAUCGACGAUUCAUUAAUAGAGAGUGAUAUUGUCGAUAACGACAACAACAAAGACGAAGCGCCUAAUACGAGUGUAAACAAUAAUACACAACAGCACCACCAUCUUGACAAGCCUAAGAAAACUGCCAUUGCCAAUACAAUAUCCUCAUUCAACAGCGAUGCAAGCACAAGAAGCUCGUUCAGUAUGAUCACCGACGAUGACUAUGCUGAAGAAGAGGUUGAGGUGGAUUAUUUGACUUUAGACGUCCAAGGUAAGCAAGUGUCGCCUGCUCCAACACCUGUACCAACGCCGCCUACCGAUACCGUUAUUUCAAGAGAUGAAAACUUAGAAACCAUGUUCAAGUCUAUUAAUGGCGGUUUUGAGGAUGAAAUGCAACAACAGUGGAAAGAACUGAUUACAAAAUAUGAGCUGUUGAGUGAUGAAGUGACUCCAAUUAAAUGA